CUCCGCACCAACUACCAUUCUUCCCUCCAUUGCAAGUUUACAACCUUAAAAUGAAGAGCCCACAAAUAAACAGCAACAUAUACUUUGGUCUCAUGGUUUGAAAUCGUUAUAGCGUCAUCAUUCCCAGGCUGCUUCCAUCUCCAACUCUCCAAAAACCCAUUUUGUGAAUGCCAAAUCCACCCACAGAAUCCCAGAAAUGGCUGUGCUCGAAACCGUUCCAGUUCUGUUCCCGGCCCAAGCAGAAGCAGCAGCGGCAGCAUCGUCGUCGACUUCAUUCCUGAGCACGAGUACCAUCAUUGCGCUCACCGUUUUCUUCGCCCUCCUCUGCGCCUGCAUCGUCAUCGGUCAUCUCCUCGAAGAGCACCGCUGGGCUAACGAAUCGAUCACCGCCCUUCUUCUGGGAUUGUGCUCUGGAGUGGUCGUUUUGCUGAUCAGCAAAUUCCAGAGUUCGCAAAUACUAGUCUUUAGUGAGGACUUGUUCUUCCUUUAUUUGCUUCCCCCAAUCAUUUUCAAUGCCGGUUUUCAGGUCAAGAAGAAGAAUUUUUUCAAGAAUUUCACAACAAUAUUUUUGUUUGGAGUAUUUGGCACAGUCAUUUCUUUCUGCAUUAUAUCACUAGGUGCCUAUUUACUAUUCAAAAAAAUUGGCGUGGCAAACCUGGAUAUUCAAGAUUUCCUAGCUAUUGGUGCCAUAUUGUCAGCAACUGAUUCAGUUUGCACACUGCAGGUUCUCAGUCAAGAUGAAACACCCUUACUUUACAGUAUUGUAUUCGGUGAGGGAGUGGUGAAUGAUGCCACCUCUAUUGUGCUUUUCAAUGCAGUCCAAUCACUUGACAGCAGCAACAUUGAUGCUCUUACAGCAUUAAACUUGUUGGGGACCUUUCUUUACCUUUUCUUGACCAGUACUGCUCUUGGUAUAGCAGCGGGUCUUAUAAGUGCGUAUAUCAUUAAGACGCUUUACAUUGGAAGGCAUUCCACAGAUCGUGAAGUUGCACUCAUGAUGCUUAUGGCUUAUUUGUCAUACAUGUUGGCUGAGCUUUUGAAUUUAAGUGGGAUCCUGACAAUAUUCUUCUGUGGCAUUGUCAUGUCUCACUAUACAUGGCACAAUGUUACAGAAAGCUCACGAAUAACGACCAAGCAUGCGUUUGCAACAAUUUCAUUCAUUGCAGAAACUUUUAUAUUUCUGUAUGUCGGUAUGGAUGCCUUGGACAUUGACAAAUGGAAAAAAAGCAAUGCAAGUCCAGGAACUUCAGUUGCUGUCAGUUCAAUAUUGUUUGCAUUGGUAUUGGUUGGAAGAGCAGCAUUUGUGUUCCCCAUAUCCAAUAUAACAAAUUGCAUGAAGAAAAGAGAGAGUACAAAGAUUGAGCUUCGACAACAGUUUAUAAUAUGGUGGGCAGGUCUUAUGAGAGGUGCAGUGACUAUUGCCUUGUCUUAUAACCAGUUUGCAAUUUCUGACAAGGAAGAAACGGCAGAUUUUGCACUAAUGAUCACCAGCACUAUAAUUGUUGUUUUAUUUAGUACUGUGGUGUUUGGUUCCAUAACAAAGCCACUUAUUAGAGCAGUGCUGUUGCGCAAUGCAAAAUCUGCAGUCUCCGACGCAACCGACCUUCCAAGCUUAGAAGAGUUGAAUAUAUCAUUCAUUGAAAAUUGUGAUCCAAGUGAGCAGCCAAACACUCCACCACGCCGCAAGAACAGCUUAAGGUUGCUAAUAAGUAACCCCACUAGGACUGUACAUUACUGGUGGAGAAAAUUUGAUGACAAAUGCAUGAGACCAGUGUUUGGUGGACGGGGUUUUGUUCCAUUUGCUCCUGGUUCGCCAAGUGGUGCAAGAGAUGAUGAAGCUUCUUGAAUCCGAAGCUCAAUCAUUUUCGUGUAUACGGUUAUUCUUUAUCUUCUUAUUUUGUUGUACAAUGAAGCUGCAAGAUGUAAAGAGGGGUGGAUGGAAUUUACUAUUUACUAUUUACUAGAACAUUUUCCCAAGAUUUACUCUUCUUUUUUGUUUGUAGUUUAUUCCAAUUAAUUUUGAAACAGAAAUGUGGCUGCAGAUUUAAUUGUAUCAUAGUGAUUAAGUUGAG